CUCUUCGUUAAUCUGUACUUGGUAAACUUUUCAAGCCGAGUUGUAUACAUCCAUCCUGAUGAAUUGAUUGAUAUGGAACACUGUCGCCUAAUGGAAAAGCAAGGUAUUUUUACAAUAUGGACUUCAAAUAUUUCUAGUUUGUUGCCCUAGUGCGGAUUAUCUGGAUAUGUCGAAGUUUGACUCUGUCGAUUUUAAAAACUAUUUAGAGAUAAUUAAUACCACUAAACAGGUUUGUGAAGGAAGCUGGAAACCGAAAUGUUCUUCCUCACAAAAGGUAGCUGUCAUUAUACCUUAUAGAGACAGAGAGAAACACUUGAAACUAUUACUACCAAGACUUCACGCCCUAUUGCUGAGACAAAAUAUGCCAUAUUAUGUCUUUGUAAUCGAACAAGCUGGGAAAACACCUUUCAACCGUGGUCUGCUUCUUAAUGUUGGAGUUUUACAUGCGUUGGAUAUUGAUCCGAGUAUAAAUUGCUUCAUCUUUCAUGAUGUUGAUCUUUUGCCUGAAAAAAGUGAAAAUCUUUACAUCUGCGACACAGAAUUACGACACUUAUCCCCUGCUAUUGAUGACUUCCGAUAUCAUCCACCAUUCAUAAACUAUGCAGGUGGAGUCGCUGCAAUGACGAAAAAGAACAUACUAAAGAUAAAUGGAUUUCCAACACGUCAUUGGGGUUGGGGCAGUGAAGAUGAUGAAUUUUCAGCGCGUGGUUUAAUCUAUAAUUUAAAGUUAACUAGACCCCCGGAAUCUAUUGGACGGUAUAAAGCCCCGAGACAUCAAAAAGGAUCUAUAUCUAUUGGACAUCAAAGUGCAUUUUUACAAUUUCGUAAUUACUUACAUGAUGGUUUUACUCUUUUAACAGAGAAAUUUUAUCAUGAUUGGAAGUUAGAAUCAUUACGUCGUCAAACUAAAAAGUAUACAUUGAAUAAAUCAGAGAAGUUUAAAAUUCCUGCCUUUUUGAAUGAAUGUACGCGCCAAAAUAUCCUGUCCCGUUUAAAUAUUAAUAUGAAUUCAGUAGAAAUUGUACAUAACCUUAGUACGAUAUCUUCGUCUAAUAUUGAAUUACUCAAUCAAUUUGCUCGUGAUGAUUUAUUCAUUCACUUUAUAUUUGAUCCAGUUGACUUUUAUAUUCAAAGUAAGUCAUUAUUGAAACCGAAAGGUAAUCAUACAGUUGAAUCAUUAUGGUGGUUUCUUCACUUUUAUGGAUGGAUAUGAGGUGUAUAUUUAUUUAUUUAUUCAUCUGUCUUUUUGAAGAGUAAAAGAUCAAUUUUGUUUUGAUACUUCUUCUUGUACAGUAACUUCAAUAUUUAUUCACCUUCUUUUCUAUUCUUCCUUUUUGUGUACUUUGUAAUUAUAUUCUAAUUUGAUCGAUUUU